ACAUCGACGAGUGCCGUCAACGUGGACUGUGCCCUGCUAUGAGUAAGUGCCUGAACACCGUAGGAAGUUACCAAUGUCAAUGCAAUACUGGCUACAGACUUAAUGGAUCGAGUCUGUGUGAGGAUAUUGACGAGUGUAACAAAACCAGCACAUUCACCUGCCCAACAAACAGUAACUGCACAAACACACCUGGAAGUUACACGUGCUUGUGUAUCAAGGAUACAAGACGAACAAUGAUGUCUGUGAAGAUAUUGACGAGUGCAAGAGCACUAGCGCGUUCACCUGUCCUACACACAGUGCCUGCAGUAAUUCACGGGGAAGCUAUAUUUGCCUCUGCGAUGGAGGAUACAAGAUGA